GGAGCCAGUCGCGCACAGUCGCGGAUCGCGGUACGUUGGUGGUGGUGAGCGUGGGCAAGGGACGCGGGAGGAAGGUUAGGCUGCCGCAUAAACCGCGAGUAUAAACCAGGCGUAAACUGGCCUCUCUUUCAGCCUCCCCUCCUUCUUUCCCCACCGCUUUGCGAGCCACAUGCGUUCGCGUGAACGAGCCCACGUAUCGCGCGUGUAUGUGUGUGUGUGUGUGUGUGUGUGUGAAGUGACACAGCACGCGCGCACGCGCGCGCGCGCGAGACAACCCCGGCCAGUCACAGUCUUCUCUGCAUCGCGUAACCAGACGACAUUGGGGCCGAGACGGCGGCACGGCAGUCGCCGUCAGAGUUUCGCGCGGUGCGCGCAGUUGGCAGCCCGACCUGGUAGCGAGCGGACGUGUACGUCGUCCUCUGCUCUCUCUCUCUCUCUCUCGUACUUGCGUUCAAGAGUCCAUCUACGAAGAGACGCGUAUAUAUACAUAUACAUACAUAUAUAUAUAUAUUUGACACACGCUCGCGAAGUGUACGCGACACCUGCAGCGAGAUAAGAAGCGCGAGAACGGAGAGUUCAAGUUCGCCUCUCCGUUCGAGUUCACUCCGCGAGAAGGAAGAAGGGAAGGAAGGAAGCCACUGGGAGAUUAUCUCCGUCCCGGAGUAGUGUACCGUAAUUUUCUGAUCGGAAGUGUCGGUGAUACGCACGUCGCAUCUCGCCGAGUAGUUGUUGAGAUUCGUGUUAGGAGGACGUGACUGUUGUGUGACAGUCGCCGUGGGACUGUUCGACGAACGGGGGGUCAUAACCGCGUGGCGUUCCCGUUUUCAUCUCGUUCGUUAGCGAUAGUUACGGUGUGUGGAAUCACGGGAAACUGUACGUGUAUAUUUGACUGUCUACGCGGAAGUCAGGGGUAUCGAUAGAGUCGACGGACAAAGUGGAUCGCAGUUGCAUCGUGCAUUCUGGAUCGACGGAACCUUUCAAAAUUGAUGUAUUAAGAAGACAAAUUAUGGUGGCAGAAUUUGUCGCCCGCCAGAGUGGAUCGCCCAUUAAUGGUGAGACCGCGUGCCUGAACAGCAACAUACCGGCUACGCACACGAUGGCGCACGGUGGCGGUCAUGGCGCGCCCCAUAACGGGCCCCACGAUGGCCACGGACCCCUUACGAUGCCCCUAACGCAUCCCGGUCAUCACGGCGGACCGCCGGUCGCGAUCCAGCAGCAUCAACAUCAACCGCAGCAGCAACCGCCGCCGCCGCCCCCGCCUCAGCAGCAGCAACAGCAGCAACAAUCGCCGCAUCAUCAUCACCACCAUCAGGGCCAACAGUCGCCACAGCCGCAUCAUCAUCACGAUCCGGCCCAAGGGACGCAUCCCGACAAUUACUCGCCCAACUUUGACCUCCGCAAGGAGCUGUUCUCGCAGCGCAAGCAGCGCGAGUUCAUUCCUGACAAUAAAAAGGACGACAGUUACUGGGAUCGUCGCAGGCGCAACAACGAGGCGGCCAAGCGGUCGCGCGAGAAGCGUCGUUUCAACGACAUGGUACUGGAGCAGCGGGUGAUGGAGCUGAGCAAGGAGAACCAUAUUCUCAAGGCGCAACUCGAGGCGAUACGCGACAAGUUUGGCAUCUGCGGCGAAUCUGUCAUCAGCACCGAGCACGUGUUGGCCGCGCUGCCAACGGAACCGCCGAUCAGCGUGAAGCGGGCGAAACUUCCGGCGUCGGCGGCGCUCUUGUACGCUCGCACGCCCAGCCCAGUGCACACAUCGGUGAUUCACCAACCGGUGAGUGGCGCCCGAUCGCCCAGGUCGCCCGCCUCGCAGCUUUACGUACCCGAGACGACCGCGUAUCCCGAGACCGAGAGCUUUCAAUAUCCGUACUCGCAUCCGGCGAUGCACCACCUGGAUACCUCGAGCGCGCUCAACCUAUCGUCGCGCGGUCGCCGGGCGCAAUCGCCGUACGAACUGUCGUCGGGCAGCGGCGACGAGGCCGGCGGUCCCCAGAUAGUCGUCGGUUCGCAGAACAAUCCAGCCGCCAACAACAGUCUGCCGCACAAGCUCAGGCAUAAGUCGCGCAUCGGCGACAAGGACGCCGCGAGUGCGCUUUUGGCGCUCCAAGGUAUCAAGCAGGAACCACCUGGACCGCGGGCAUCGCCACCCUGGGAUAACGAAGGCUCGAGCGACGAGCGCGACUCUGGCAUCUCCCUGGGCGCCGAAUGGCCCGGUUCGUCGACCGUCCCCGCCGUCUCGGAGAGCGAUCGGGAAGUGAAGAUGAAGUUGGACCGUCUGGCGUCCGAGGUCGCGUCCCUGCAGUCGAUAUUUCGUCUUGGGAAACCGGUCUCGGCAGCGGCAGCAGCGGCGGCAGCGGCAGCGGCGGCGGCCGCGGCGGACGGCUUGGUGGCCGGACACGCUGCCGCGGUCAGCGGGCCGUGAAGGACUCGCGGCCUGCCCUUCUUUCGCGCGGGAGUCGCGCGAGAAUCUUCCUCUUCCCCUUGGCCGGGAUUCUUGGAAAUGGAACGUAAAGAAGACGACGUAAAGCGAACGUCGUGACGAAGGAAAGGACAAACUGUCGUGGAGUCUGAUGUCGCGCCCAUCUGGGAAUAUCGUCGAUUGAUUGGAAAGAGACUUUGUAAAUGUUUAUUUAAACACGAUUGUAAAGAAUUCUCGCGUUUGCGGAUGCAACGAAAGCAGGUGGAUAGCAAUCGCGAUCUUUGACAAUAUUAUAAAUUCAUCUUUUAAAUUCAUCCUUGACAAUAUUAUUAUAAAUUCUUUUAAAAGUCAAAUCUUGGACCGUGAUUAUUCUCAUCUCUAUUGAUAUGUAUUAUAUAAUUUCAUGCGAUGUGUAUUGAUAAAAUGUAGAAUUUAUUGAUGAUUCGUUUAAUCAAACAUGUCAAGCCAAGCAUGUUGUAUCACAAAAUGGAAAGAAAUUUCACCUAGUUUUAUGGCAAGAUUUAUAUAAAUUAUAUUAAUAUAACUUGUAAUUAGAUCUAGAUUACUAUCAAUCUGCUUAAGCCACCCCGAACUGAUAAUCAGAAGUCUCGCCUGCGAAAUUUUAAUCCCUCAACCCGUAGAUCGUAUUUUUCUCUUUAAUGAAAAAAAUGUAAAUUAUUAUUACGAUACGCGAAAAAUAUUAGUCGUGUCCGUUUAGAAUUUCCCGAUCGAUCUACCGGCCGAAGGACUUACAGGCAUUCUUCGCUCUUGAUCCUGAAACGAAGCAAAGCUAGGAAUUAAGAGUUGAUGCGAUACCUAUAGUGUUGUAAGGUUGUUACGUUAUAAAACUCCCGUAGGUAGGUUAAUAUCGUUCUUCUAUAUUAUCAUUAACUAGAGUUUUGUCGAUUCGAGCAGUCAGUUGUAUCAAACUGAACAUAAUCGGUGAAUUCUGGUGGAUACUAUCGCCAUCCAAACGAAACACUUAUUACACGUGAGUUACUCACCGAUUCGCGCAACCGGCUAUCUCACUACCAUCGGAUAUUCAUAAUACGAUUUAUUCCAGCGUACGAAAUGGGAUUCUUUCCUCUUCUUCUUUUUCGUUAGACAUUUGCAUCAUCAUAUCAUCAACAUCAUUUUAUUCACAUGCAAAGCGAUGAGCGACGAUUUUGCACAGUGGAACUCUGAGGCUAGAUUUUUCAAUAGAUUGGAAUUAUUUAGCGUCAAAAAAUCUUUUUCACUUUUUAAUUAUCAACAUCGAUCUUUUAUAUAUAUUAAUCUUGAAAUUGUUUCAAAGUUUUAUAAGCAAUACUUAUAUUUUACCUAGAAUGUUUAGAGACUCAAAAUAUUAAUUUCAAAUUCGCUGCCUAUUUAUUAUUUCUUUUCGUCUCGAAAGCCGCACCAAAGUGCAGCAACUAAGCUCCACUUAUCUUAGAAUUUGCCUCAUUUAUUUUCUCAAUAAAUAUAAACUUGAUGCGAAAAAGAAAGAAUGCCGAGGCUGCGCUUCUUUGACAGUCGUAUCGAAUUUUCGUCGAAAAAACGUCCGUUUUCUCGCGAUUAUACAUGUAUAUGUUGCCUCUUUUUUAUACUUUUGUUAUCGAAUCAUUACGACAUAGUAGCGUGCCUGUAUAUAUGUAUAUGUGAAGAAAACGAAAAGUUUUGCAUCUCUAUGUUACAAACGCCGGAUGAGAAACGCCAAUAUUGAUGUAUGUACAAUAGGACGCGGAAAAUUCCCUCGAAAGAUGGAAUUUAACGCAUACUGAAGUAUUAAGCAAGCCUACAAGUGUAUGUAACAUAGAGUAUAUUUGCAAGAGUGUGUGCGUGCGUGUCUGUGUGUAUGCGUGUGUUACACACGCACGAAUAUAUACAUAUAUAUACAUAUAUAUAUUUUUCAAAUUGAUGUAUUUUUCGAUAUCGUCAUUAAAGCUAGCUGCAACGCGUGUACAGUGCUUAAUUAUGUCGUCGUCGAUUCAGAGAGAUACUCGAGAUAUAGCUUUGUCAAUCGAAUAUUGGGAAUCGCGUUAUCGGCGCGAAUCGUCGAAAUCGCGCAACUAGAACCAAAGUGUGAUUUUUCCCAAAAACGACAAAGUGUGACAAACAAGUCUAUUGACUCGACGACGAUAAAGCGAGUAAUCGGCAGACAAGUCGGCGACGCGAUCGUGGAGAAGGAAUUGGCGAACUAUUAUAAUAUAUCCGCUCGAUCAACUGUUUAUUUUUUACCACAUGUGAUAAAGUAUGUGUAGAACGAUAAAAGCGCGAAUCGACGUUAAUUCGGGAAUAACCGUAAUAUUAUUGUAUCAUCUCUCGUGUAUAGGUAGAGUGAAUUAAAGCGAAUGGAAAAGUUUGGUAUCAUUUUGCGACUUUGGCCGAAAUUGCAAAAUGAUAAAAAAUUGUCUCGGUUUAAUCCGUUUCAUCUGCAUACGAGAGCUGAUACGAUUUUUACCGGAUAUCUUGUAUAUCUAAGGCAUCUCUAUUUAUUGUAUGUUAAUCAUCCAUGAUACGGUGGAGCGAACGACGACGAGGAAAAUGAACGAGCGAUUAUUGCGAGUCACACAAAAGUAGAGACACGUAUCUCUACUGUCUAUUAUACCGCGAUAUCAUUCUCGUUUAUAUUCCUCUCACUCUCUGUAUCUUUUACAUUACUCUCUUUAGCGUAAAUGUUUUAUAUUUUAUACGAUAUGUUUGUACGUAAAAUUUCGCGGUGUCGAGAAUAUGACAGUCGCGCGAAGAAUCCGAUUGUCAAACUGU